UAGACUCCCGGAGCCCAGCAGGCACCAGCCCGGCGAUGUGGGGCUGGGGGUGAGCCUGCCUCGGGACCAGGGCGUCCUGCUGCAGCCAGCGCUCCCUGCUCGCCGCGUGCCCUUUGUCCAGCCCAGCACCAUGGAGGUGCCCCCCAAGAGCCCCGAUGGCAGCGAGAAGUCCCCUCAGUCCAAGGAGCUGAUCACCAGCAGCACGGGCAGCACGCUGUGCAUCAGCUCCUGCAGCGAGUCCGUGUGGACCAGCGCCCCCAGGAGCAAGUGGGACAUUUACCACAAGCCCCUCAUCGUGGUGUCCGUGGGAGUGGCCAUCUUCCUCUUCGGGGUGGUCAUCACCAGCCUGGCCUGCUUCCUGACCAAGCACAAGAAGGUGUACAAGAUGUCUGGCCCGGCCUUCCUGUCCCUGGGACUGAUGCUCCUGGUGUGCGGCCUGGUCUGGAUCCCCAUCAUCCGCAAGAAGCAGAAGCAGAGGCAGAAGUCCCAGUUCCUGCAGAGCCUCAAGUCCUUCUUCUUCAACCGCUGAGGGCAGCCAGGGCCUUCUCCAGAAGGUUCCCUGCCCUCCUCCAACCCGUGCUGAUCAGCCAUGAAAACAAACAAUUUCUUGUUCUCCCUAGAGGAUUUCACCCCAUCAGUUCUUCCCUCCGUGGUCCCCAGUGUGAAAAUGAACUCUGUACCUCAUCCCAGGGAAAAAGGAGCAGGAAUUUUCAGCUGAGCCCAGCAAGGCAGGUCCAAGGUCUCUGCAUCACCCCCCUGCCCAAAGAGUGACCCAAGAGCACAAACUGGGUAAAGCACAGCCCCAGAGGAGCCUGGGCUGAAACAAAACCCCAGAGGGACCCAGAUCCCCCAGGAGGCUCUGCAGGAUCCACCGGCAGAGAGGAGCCACAAUUCCUUCCAGCUCCCUGAUCUGCCUGAGGGGCUGCAGGGUCUGCACAGCAUCAGGAGACACAGC